ACAAAUUAUUCACUUAGUGACUAUUAGACAUUGUAUUUUACAGUAAAACUCUAGGAAAGUGUAAGAGGAAAUCAUAUCUGUUUCAUGUCGGGGUCUGAAGACUGAAGGCGUUCCUCCCUCAUAUCGAUGCCGGGUAUUCUUGAUGGGCUGCGGUAACGCUCGAUGAUUUGUCGGGCUCGACUGAGUUCGUAUUGCUUUUUUGUGGACUUUUGGGGUAUCUGAAGCUGCUCACACAUUUAUAGACUGAAAUACGCUGGGAAACAUGAAGUUUAAGCCCAACCAGACGAGAACGUACGACGGUGAAGGUUUCAAACGGCGAGCGGCGUGUCUGUGUUUCAGAAACGAGCGGGAGGACGAGGUGUUGCUGGUGAGCAGCAGUCGUCAUCCAGAUCAGUGGAUUGUACCAGGUGGAGGAAUGGAGCCAGAGGAAGAGCCGUGCGGAGCAGCAGUAAGGGAAGUUUUUGAAGAGGCUGGGGUGAAAGGGAAAUUGGGUCGUCUCCUGGGUGUGUUCGAGCAUAAUCAGGACAGGAAGCAUCGCACAUAUGUGUAUGUACUGACCGUGACGGAGACUCUGGAGGCCUGGGAGGACUCAGUCAAUAUAGGUCGCAAGCGAGAGUGGUUUCCAGUGGAGGAGGCUAUUAAAAUUCUGCAGAGCCAUAAACCUGUCCAUGCAGAGUACCUGCGACACCUACAGCCCAACUGUUCCUCCACCAGCAACGGCAACAUCCUCCUGACCCCUCCACCCCCCAACGAUAACACACCACGAGCUGCUGCAUGCAGAUAGGACUGCUCUGUCUCUCCCGUUUCUCUGUUGCACACAUUCCCUUCAGUCCUGCUGUCUGAAUCUGUACACAACACACACUCGACACUCAAGCAUGAGCAUGGACAUGUUCCUGGAUCUCCAGGGAGAUGACAGUCACCUAAUUUGAAAACGCUUUUGCUACAAGGAUUUGGUUUUUAAAAUCUGCCUUAAAUAUGCUGUUCUUAAUGUUUGAUCUAGACCAGGGUUCCUUUGUUUUUGUUAGACCUCAGUCGAAUACCAGAGCUGAAACCUGUAGGUCAUGUGUGUCGAGGGAAUGAUUUUUGGAAAUUGCUUCCAUCUUCUGAUUCCAGAAUGGUCACUGUUUUCUUUCUCAGUCUAACCGCCGGUCCUGCUCCCUGCUCAGACUGUUUUUGCUCAGCUUUAUUGAUCAUCCUAAGCAGCCCUUUAAUCGCUACCCCUUUAACACCGGUCUGGAGUGUGCCAGUACAGAUUUGGACGGGCGGAUGUGUCUUAAAGCUGUACAGAGUCUCGUCAUCAGAGGCUUGAAUAUGGAGUUCCUUAAAUGAGUCGUUCGGGGAAAUUUCAUAUCGUAACACUGUCCUCAAUUCAGAUUUCUCUUUGUAUGUUUACUUUGCUUUCUUAAUCAUAGGUCACAGUGAACUGGCAAACAACUGGUACGCUGUGUCCACCAAUUAGCAAAAUUAUUUACAAUUCCUUGCUGCUGUUCUUCCCUGAGCUGCAUACACUACACAGAUUUGUACUUUGAAUGAUGGUUUUUACUGCUUGCCACUGUGUUGAAAGUUUAAUCUGAUUAAAGAUUGUUGCUGAGCUUUUUAAAGCGCUGCCAAUGAGAUGAAUUGUUUAUAUGACAUAGUAUGGAGAGAAGCACAGACGUAAGAGAUAAACUCAUUCUCAGUGUUUUACAGUUCUAAAGUGUUUCAUACAACAUAACAUUAAGAGAAAUACAGCAUGGGGACUAGUGAGCUGUGAAAUGUUUGCAUUUUAGAAAGCAAUCCCAUGUUUACUA